UUCACCCUCCAAUUUUAUUCUUCUCUUUGCAGCCCGAGAAGUGUUUCACCGGUCACCGCCAAACCCUGUGGAUGCAUCUCCGACAACAACCAUGGGUUACUUCGAUCUCAACAUUCCCUAUCCCCAACCCUCACCCACCAACAAGGUCGCCGAACAAAGCAACCGCACCAGGCUUGCGGUGAAGGCCAUGGAGUUGGGUUACACCGGAAUCGCUUACAACCGCACCAUCAAAGGCGUCAUGUCCGAUCAGCACCGUUGCUCCAUUCCCCCUCUCCCCCUCUCCUAUCUCCUCAACGUUCUUCCCUCUCUCUCCCUCUCCGCCAAUCUUCACCGCUCUCCCUCCUCGGUGUUCCACUCUCCACUCCCUUCCAUCAGUACACGUGUCUCACCGUAGACAGCGCUACCCAGGCCCAGGCCCAGGCCCUCAAUUCUACAUUGCUCAGACGUUAGAGAUUUUGAAAGUAUGGGUAGUUUAUAAAUUGUAUCUCCUUUAACUUGGAUGAUCUUUUAUCGACUCAAUUGUGAAGGCAGAGCAGUUAAAUGCAGCUUCCUUUGAGAUUGGGAUAAUACUGCUGUAGUCAAUACCCGUGCUUGGUGUUUUCUGUUCUCUCUUACUCCUUGUGGAUAUUAUAUCGAUUGAUUUUUCAGCUAAAUUGCCCUUUAGGUUGAAGCAGCCUAUGGUUAAAGUAGCAAUGCAGCGUGGGGUUUGUUUUGAAGUCACGUAUUCUGGUUUGUUUGCUGAUAUUCAAAAAAGGAGACAGUUAAUUUCCGGUGCUAAGUUGUUGGUGGACUGGACUCGGAGACACAAUAUUGUAUUUUCAAGUGCUGCUCCUACUGUGAAUGAGCUCAGAGGACCUUGUGAUGUUGCCAACUUGUUGUCAUUGUUUGGACUCUCCAAGGAACGGGCUAAUGCUGCUAUUUCUAAAAACUGUAGGAUUCUUUUAGGUAAUUCUUUAAGGAAAAAACGAUUUUAUAAAGAUGCAAUAAGAGUAGAAGUUUUAUCAACAGAUGCAAAUCAUUCCAAGGAAGAUCGGUAUCAAGAGUUAUUACAGUGGAAUCCUAUCUCCAGUGGUGAAGGUGAUAUCCUGUUGAAUGACGUGCACAAAUCUUCUUUGGUCUCUUGUAAAGCAUCAAAAACUGAAAAAGCCAUAGACUCUACUUCAGUGGUCAAUAGCCUUCCAUCCAAUGGUUUUGAAAUCAAGAAUAUGUUACCUGCAAACAAUGUUUUACCUGCUUGUUUAUACAAUAAAAUAAACUCCCCACCUGUUACCAAAAACCUAGAUCAGUCAGCAACCAUACCUAACAGUUUCACUGAGCAGUCCAACAUACUUGAUAUUUGUCGUGAGCAAGAUGAAAACACCUUGUCAGAUGAUAUAGCAAAUGGUUACAGUUUGAACCGUGAUGAUAUUAUUGAGAAAACUAUGCAUAAUGGAAUAUCUAAUGUCAAUUUUAAGGAGAUAAACAUUCCGACUGCCCUUGACUCUACCUUCCCUGAUGAUAAAAUAAACUUCCUUUCGGUUGCCAAAAAAUUAAAUCAGUCAACUCCUAUGCCUAACAACUUACUGGUGCAACCUGAUAAGCUUGAUGUUUGUCCUGAGCAAGGUGAAAUCUCCCAAUCACAGAAACAAAAUGACGAUUGUUUGGAGAAAAAUAUACACGGUGGAACUACUAAAGCUUUCAAUUCUAUGGAGAUGGACAUUUCGACAAAUGCCACAAAGUUGAAACAAAGAAGUUCUACUGAUUCAAAUGUUGAUCUCAUCCCGUUUGAAGCGAAAGCAUUUGAUUCUGAAUCAAACUUAAGCAUCUCAAGCAAUACAUUGAAUCCUCUAAAACUACAUGAAAACGAUGAACUUUCUGGUUCUUCACAAGAGGCACAUGAUAUUGUUCAUGAAGUAGAAAUCUUUGAUACUAUUAUUCCUGCACCGAUUCAUGAUAAACACUACAAUGACAAAAGUUCUGAUAUUAAUUUAAAUGAGGCCGGCAAGAUUCAUGCAGCUUUGCCAAAUGAAGAUUUAAAAACAUCUAUUUCUGAUACUUCAAUGGAGGGUAAACAGUUUGUGAAACGGCAUGAGGCAGUUGAACACGAGAAGCAACAGCUAGAAUCUUAUGAUGAGAUGGAAAUGGAAGAUAAUUCCAAAGCUGCCAGCCAUUUAAGUCCAGAUGUUGCAAUGAAAGAUAAAGAGCUCGGUGAAGUGAUCACCGAAUCCGAUCAAUUAGCCCCAGUUCAUCGUGUAUCAGGUGCAUUGAAACUGAAGCGAAGGACACUUCGGGGACUACCUGUAUUCCCCUUCAAGAGAUUGCUAAAUCCAACUGCCUUUAAGAGGAAAGUUAAAAAAAAGCAAGAGCAGCUAAGCUAAACUAGAUACACUGUCCGUUCUUUCGGUAUCAGACGAAAUGAAAAGAUUGCAUGCUGUAACUGUUAAAGGUGACAAAGGCAAUGCAGCUUCUGGAGAGUGGAUUGAAGGUGAAGGAAUAUGAACUUCUGCGAAGAAACUU